CAGACGCAGUCCGAAGAUUGCCUCAGGGUCACCAUAACGGUGCCGGAAUUACAGCUGGCUUCACAAUGCAAGAUACCUGCCCUAGCAUUCAUUCAUGGUGGAGCGCUUUCCAUUGGGUCUGGUGAACGCUAUUAUUACGACGCCACCAAGUUUUGUAACGAUGCCAUUCACUGGGGCAAACCUUUGAUCUUCGUCUCUAUCAAUUACAGACUCGGCAAUCUAGGCUUCUUGCACUCUCCUCAAGCAGCAGACCUCGUCCCCCCAAACAAUGGACUACACGACCAAAUCCUCGCUCUUCAAUGGAUACGCUCCUUCAUUGCAGGCUUCGGAGGUGACCCUGAUCACGUCACGGCGAUCGGGCAGUCUGCAGGCGCUGCAAGCUUAGCUGUGCACAAUAGUCAUCCAAGAGCAGAGCCAUUGUACCUCAAGUCCAUGGUAAUGGGCGGCUCGAGCACUAUUCUGACAACGAAAAGUCCAGAUGAGCAUCAAGCUGACUUCGAAAGGACGGUUGAAAGUCUUGGCAUCACGAUCAAAGGUCGAUCUGCGCACGAAGUCGCUCAAGAAGUGAUCGAGCUCCCAUUGGAGUCUUUCCGGCGUGUAGAGGCACAUGGCGCGUUCUGCUCUGAGAGCGAGCUGAUACCAGAUCAUGACUGGGCAUCUAUGCUUCAUGCGCAACGUUCAAAGCCAAAUACUUGGCUCCAGUCUCGGGUGAUUGGAUCUGGUACGUAUGAGGGCUCAAUUUGCUAUCUCGUUGAGAACGAGAAAGCACGACCAAACAAAACCAGAAUCUUUAAAACCAUAUGCGAGGCACGGUUGAAGAAGCCACAGCAGCUAUUGGACUUGUGGAAGAUAUCGACCAGUGACUCCGAAAAUGAGUCCUUGGAGAAGAUUGCCCAGGCCGCUACCGAUACCGGAUGGUAUCUGCCUGCGAUCAGUAUGUGCAUGAGUUCGGCGGGCUCCCAGACAGAGAGCUUCCUCGUGCUCUUCGACAUACCCAAUCCAUGGCCGGGACCUAUGCCUCAAGGUAAGUAUGCAAGUCAUACCUGGGAUGUCAUCUCCCUCUUUGGCCCGUACGAGGACCACUUGCCCGAUGAACUGCGGUCUGGUGUUAUUGCAUGGCGGCAGCUUGUCAUAGACUACUGCUACGGAAAAGCACCGGGCAAACCUUGGCAACAAGAGAGUCAGUACGCAAAAUUAUGUACUCCUCGUGGCGUCAAGUCGCUCGGACACGAGGAGCUUGUUGCUCGGAGAGAAGGUAAAGUGGCUGCGUUAGCACAGCAAGAGAAAGGCGAAGAUGGAUUUGACCAUAUAUGGGAGGAUGUCGUGAGGUACUACUUG